AUGGCAUUUUCGAAAGAAGAUUCUAGUUUUACUCUUGGAUUUAAAAAGUUUUCCCAUAUAUACCAAAGAAUCAAAGACCAUGAAGAAUCUAAAUCACUUAACGCUGCUGUAAUUGCACUAUUAAGUUGUACAACAGAGAAAGAUAUAAGCUCUUUAAUCACAAAAGGUAUAGUGGAAAAGCAGAAAGCGCAAGUAUUGAAAAACAUCAAAAUAUUUAAACAAAGUUUUUCAGCACUUAUUUUUAUUGGGAAGCAAGCUCUUUCAUACAGAGGUAAUCGGGGUGAAUCUCUCUACAGUUUACACGAUAAAUCUAUUGAUUACGGAAACUUUUUGAAACUAAUAUUGCUGAUACCAGAAUUUGACGUUCCUUAUAAUGAUCAUAUAGAAAAAGAUAUUCAGGCAAGUCAAAAAAGGAAAGAUUGUUUGAUACGUAAAGGAAAAGGAAGCUCACGUGGACGUGGAGGCUUGGUAACAAUGUUGUCAAAGACUACAGUUAAUAGAAUUCUAGCUGCUAUUUCAAACUUGAUGAAGAACUGUAUAAUCAAGGAAAUUGGUGAUCAGAAAUUCAGUGCUCAAAUGGAUGGUAGUCAAGAUACGUCGGUAAUUGAUCAGGAGACAAUAAUCAUACGAUAUGCACUUGGAGAGGACGUGAAAAAGCGAUUAUUUGUGAUAAAAAAUUACUGA